AUGCAAGUGGCGGAGAUACAAAGGGCGGAAGCGGCGCAAGGGGCGGAAGCGCAAGGGGAGGGCGACUUGGAAUCAGGAAAGCACAAAAGCAGCGGGGACCACGGGGAAAUGGGUGCUCCUAGAGAAGCACGAUUCGCCGAGGAUGAAGCGAAAGGUGGAAGUGACGAAGGAGGGGAGGCGGGAGAGGGGGAGGAGGCGGAGGAUGAAGGGGACGGGGAGGAGGAAUACGCAGGUGAGGAAGAAGAAGUGGGAACCGGGGAGGCGGGGGGCGACUCGGAAGGGGAGUGGGACGAGGGAGGGGAGAGCGAUGACGAGGGGGAGUGGGACGCGGAAGAGGAGGGUGACGAUGAGGAGGAGUGGGAUGCGCGGAUGCGCUUGGAGGAAUGA